AUGAUCUGCAAGUGGUAUUUCUGGUCUGUCAUUUUUGCGACAGUGGCAUUGAUAUCGUGGUCCUCAGCAGAAUAUAAGGUGUUAUAUCAAACACCUAACGAUCACUGGAACUGGCAUCCAAGGUCUAAUAGUGUACCUGGAAUUUCAGAAGUAAGCAUAUAACUUCCUGUUUUGUUUUAGUUUGUUUGUUUGUUUUUUUUUUUCCUAAGUACUCAGACAGACUUAUUCGUGUAUUUAUUUUUUAUUUAUUUCUAAAUAUUUCAUUUAUGUAACAUACAAUUUAAGACCAAAUUGGCCUCCCUCAAGUAAAGUUCCGCAGGGCUUACUUGCGAGAGAGGAUUUUUUAGGGCCCUAUAAUCAGCAAAUCGACAUCUUUGUUGUUGCAGGCUCUGUGGUCUGUAUAACAUGUUUUAUCCCACAAAUCAACUUGAGCAAAGCAGUUGAAUUUGUUUCUUUUUUUGCUGGUUCAUGUUUUAUAUAUUGAUAGCAUUAAUCAUAUUGAAACCUGUUCUGUACUCUUUUAAUGAACAGUCGCCUAUCCAUCGUUAUUUUAAGAGUUAACUUGGAAUUUUUUUUCUUUUUUUAUCAUUUCUUUUACUUGGUUUGGUUUCCUUUUUCUUUAGCUUUUUUCCUUCAUUUUCUAUUUUUUUUGCUUUUCUUUAGUGGAGCUACUCCCCUGGGUCCAACCUGUAUUCACUCUGCAGUAUUCUUGAUAGUAUUCCUCAAGAACCAAACAACUGGUUGCUAAGCACACUCAUUGAUAUUCAAAGAAUCCAAAGAGUGCAACUCACCAUCUUUUAUACGAUUGACCCCCCUUGUUCUAUCAACCCAAACGCCAAGUUUUGCAACGACUCCUUCGAUGUAUUUGUAUGGGAAUCUGAUAUAAAGGUCACAGCAGACAAAAUACCGAAUCCUAUAAAUAGCAACAGUUCUUACAGGAAACUUGCCACCAUCAGCGGACCAACCGGUAGUCAAAGGACGUUACUAACAAUUCCACUUCAAGCAAAACAGCAAUAUAUCGUUUUGGGGUUUCAUGAUCAAGUCGGCUGCGAAGUUUUGUAUUCCGUCAAGGUCACGUACAACGUAUGUCCUGCAACGACGCUCCAGGAUAGUUUGGUUUAUUUACCGGAAACUGUAGCUCCAUCGAGACUCUUAGAGUCCAUCCCAGUGGAAGGAAUGUGUACUGCAGACUCCUCCCAUAUUCAGGGCAGUUUGAAUGUUUUGUGUGAAAGCAGUGGUCAGUGGAAUGCGAGUCAGUUUCGAGGGAAAUGCGUCUGUAAUGAAGACAUGGAAAAUGUUGGAGGGACAUGUUCAGGUACUGUUACUUAGUAUUCCUUUACAAAUUUAUGAAGCGAUAACAGUCGUGGCAUAUUGAUUGUCAGCAUCCAUAGAUAUGGAUCGAAAUUAAUUACGUAUACUAAUCGAGGGCUUCAUGACCCAACAAAAGCCAACAAAAACAAAUUAAACAGUAGCAAUUUAACAGUAGCAACAGGAACAACAAAAAUUGUCAAUGUAAUUGUACCGAGAAUGUAAAUAAUAUGACCAAGCUAUGCAAUCACUACCGGUAAAUUUCAGGAUUUCAAAUUUAUUGAAUAGACAUUUAUUAUUCAACCUUAAUUUAUUUUUAUUCUCUUCUUUUCAAUUUAUUAAUAGCUUGUUCAGAAGGAACGUACAACAACGGAAAGGGACUUAAUUGCACAGGUAUGAAAAUUCAAUUGCCGUCUUUUUAUACAGCUAUUUCGAGAAAUGCUCGCUAAAAUCCCGAAAGGUAUUGUGGGUAGUUUUGAGCUCACUGUUCCGCUUUAAAGAGACUCAGUGAAAGAAUGGCACGAGAGGCCAUUGACGUAUGUUGCAAGUGCUAAAUGAAAGCAACAAAUGUAAUAGGUUCGACAGCUACAGUAUCGGAAAAGUGUAUUGAUCAUAUGACAUAUUCUCUAAAUAGCUAUGUAUUACUAAUAAUUCCUUAUUUAGUCAGUCCGUCAAUUUGAUAAAUGAAUAAAUCAUACAUUCAGUCUCCAGUCAAUUAACAAGUCGAUCAGGCAUAGGGUCAAACAUCACUUAGAGCAUGCACCAAUAAUUGUUUUUGCUUUGUUCGUUUUUGUUGGUUGGUUUGUUUCGUUUUCUGUCGUUUUGUUUUUGUUUUUGUAUUUUUUUACCUUUCCAUACGGCGAAACUCGAGAAAGAGUAAGAAAUCUUAAUAAAAACCUCUAUUUCUGCCGUUCGUCAUUUUUUGAUGUGUAAAAUGAUAGAGUAUAAUCAUAAAGUUACUCACCCACCUUUGAGCUAAUAUUCACUCAUUUAUCUGCUGAAUCUUCUACAUCGUCACUUUUUCUUUUUUUUCUUUUUUUGUGCGUAGUUCUCCCUUCAAACCCAAGAAAUAUUACCGUGCCCUUUGUGAACCAGAGUUCAGCUUUGAUGUGUUGGCUUCCUCCUGUUAUAACCGGUGGCCAGGUAUUUUACGAACUUGAGUGUAAAAGAACAUGCGAACUUAAUGGCAAGGACUGUACUGAGGAAACCUGUGAUGACAAUGCAGGGUUUGUAUUCAAGGACAAAAUCUAUUCGACUAAAGUUAUGAUACCCGAGACAACGCGUGAACUUUCCGCAUAUGUAAACUAUACUUGCAAGAUCAUUGCCAGAAACAGAGUCAGUGAGAUGGCCAAACGAAAACACAAGAUCGAAGCAAGCAGCGCUACGAUAAGCUUUAGAACAAAAGGAUCUGGUAAGUCAUGAUGGCAUUGCCCAGAAUGCUGCGACACAUCCCCUACUUAAAUGAACUCGCAUAAGCAUUCAGCUUACUAAAAAUGGUUGUUAACAAAAAAAUUAUGGAAUAAGAAAGAAAUCUGGCCAAAAGCAGUUAGCUCACCACUUUGAAUUACGAUGAAAGAUUUAUCAGUGGCCAAUAAAGUGAAAUCUUCUUGGUUUGCCCAGAUUCUUUCUGAGGGUAUGGGUUUCCUUCUACUGGUGAGGCCAGGUUACUCUGAAUCAGAUCGAUAACUCUCUCUAGUUAAGAGAUUAUAUGGGUGAAGUUGCUAUCACGGCCAAUCCUUUGCGAGCUCUGAUCGGAGAUGGUUCGACGCGGAAAGCCAAGAAAAGGGCCAAUCUUCCUACCUCUGCUUUCUCUAAAUUAUAAACGAGUAGUCAUACUACCUUACCGUACCUUACCUUACCUUACCUAACAAGGUCUAUUGGAGAUAGUUUAUUUUUCUUUGAGGGCCACUUGCUCGUCAGUUUUUACUGUCAAGUGUUACCCUCAUUAAAUAAAGUUGUACCCUACCUUACCACAGGAUACCAAGUACCAAAGGAUUUCCAGGAUUAGAAGUUGCGUUCUCAGUACGUCGAACGGAAUAAUUGACUAAAUGAUGCCGUUAUUGUGAUCGCAUUAGUAAAAACUCAGUAGUUAUUUGUUGACACAUUUGUUUUGUACGACAGUUCCUGGUAAACCAAAAGUGUCUGUUCAGCAAGCGGGAGUCAGUGUUAUCUUGUUGUCGUGGGAACUAAAAUGUAAAAAUGGCCUAAUUGAGAAAUUCCUAAUGGCUUAUUUCAUUGUGGAUGACAAUUCUGAUGAACAAAUUGUGACCACAACAAAGACAAAACUGCAGAUUGAGAAUUUAGUGCCAGGGAAAACCUAUGAAUUUCAGGUAAGCUAUGUUGUUUAGAAUGUAUUUUUUGCUUCCAAAUUCUUAUGAGGGUACAGUAGAAUCUUCAUUUAACGAACCUCUAUACACGAAGUCUUCUGUAUAACGAACGAUUUUCUUCACCCCGGCCGGCCAAAAUUACAGUAAAAUGUAUCGAACAGAACCUCGAUUUAACGAAAUAUAUGACAACGUUCUUUAGCUAGUACAAUUGUGCUGAAACAAUUAUUUCAAAGAUCGCCUUUUUUGUUUUCAGAUAGCUGCAGUAAACAACUUUGGAAUAGGACCAAACGCUGUAAAGAGGUUCAAGAUUCCAAAAGAAUCAGGUGAAUCUAUUCAAACUGGUCUGUAAAACAUUACAUCUUAAUUUACUUUGGAGUUUUAGCCCUCUUUCUGCUUAAAACAGUAAGAUAGCCUUUCCGGCUGUACUUCAGUCCAAAAUUCAUGUUGCAUCGAUUCCGCAGUUAACACAAGAUUAUCUAAGAGAUUCCGAAUUCAAACUAGACUUACCCAACCACUUACGAAGAUUUGCCUUUUGGAAGUCGCUAUUACGGAACAGCCUAAAACCGUCAAUUUACAGUAAUUAGACUCUCUGGAAAAAAAAAACAAAAACAAAAACAAAAAACUAAAAAAAAAGGAAACAUACUCACUUAAAAACGGAAGUUGAUGAACGUUUACUACUCUAUUUCCGCCUUUUCUUUAUAUUUUUGUUCUUCUUCUUUGUAUUUCUUUGCUGCCAUUUCAAGACCAUUUGCUUGUAGGAGUUUUAUCCUAACCAGGCCUCUUUACAGUCCUCGAUUAUUUAUGGUGAUUUGGCUUUUUGCAAGAACACAGUUGUAACUUAUUACUAUUAGCUACUAUUUCAAUGUUUAUAACACAACAUAACAUAACAUAAAACUUUAUUUGUACUCGAAUUUUAGAGUAGCUAACAAGCUAAUAUCUUCGAGCUGACACUACAUGAAAAUAAUAUAGAAAUUUAUUAAAAACUGAAUCAUUGGAUAAUGCAAUUCUAGCAUUUUGAUUGGCUUAGCCGUUAUGGUAUAUGAGCUAAUAUACCAUGUUCUCCAUAUAUGGUCGGUGUACGCGUCAGUUUAAAAUUGGAAGCUAGCUGAGAUUUUUUUUCGCGAAAGAUAGAACGGCGCCCGAAGCAAAUCGUUUUAAUUCAUUUCUUAGAAUUCUAGAAAUGCAAUUUCAUCGAAAGAAAAAAGACAAAAACAAACAAAAAAGCCACAAGAGCUUGUUUGAAAGUUUGUCGAAAAACACAUGAAAACACAUGGAACUAAAGUACCUUGACCAGCUACGAAAGAAGACAAGUGUUGUUUCUUCAUGAUCGCGAAGCCAUUCGCCGAUCGAGUCACUCGCCGAUAGAUAACUACAGCUUGUUUAUCCGACAUCAAGAAUAUAAAUCACAGUAACCAGGUACAAAUACAGGCUAUGCAGCCAUUCACUAGAGCAAUCGAGGCGGCAGUAUAGCUUCUUUUCUCGUUCAGCAAAACCAGCUUGUGGCUUCAAACAACUUCAUAGCAAGCGACCUAGGUAAUACCGGUAGUUUUUCUCCGUUGUUCUUACUUUUAUAACUGCACCGAAAAUCCAAAUUCACAGUAAUUUCGACGGCUGUCACUUAAAGAUUCCUUUCCUUCACAUUAUCUGCCAAGUUCUUUUAGCUGUUCUGCUGUGUAAAAUCCUAGAAUCCUGAUGAGUUUUUAAAAAACAAAUGUUCAUCGCUACAAUGUUUUGAUUUUUCAUUCAUGCAGUCUAGGCGAGUCCGUUCGCGCGUUGACAGUUUUGAUAGACGUGUGACAUGUGAAUAGCGGAAGUCCCUUGUCUUUUCCGGUUUGUUCUAGUCGGGGCGAUUCAACGAGAUUUUGUGGGCGUUUUUAAUAAAACAAUUAUUCCACUCGGGCUUGUUGGAUAUGAAAUGAUUAUAGCCAACUCGGCGCUACGCGCCUCGUUGGCUAUCUAUCAUCUCAUAUCCAACGCGCCCUCGUGGAAUAAUUGUUAAAUAUAUAUAUACAUUAAAUGCAUUAUAAGAAAUAAUAAUAAAAUAAUAUUAAUAAGAUUAAAAAAAGAAAAUAUUAUUUACAAUUCACAAUUUUAAUUUUAAGUGUGUCAGGCAAAAAGAAUCUACAUUAAGGUAACAUCCUGUAUUUUGGUCUUGAAGUCUGCAAAAAAACUCUUGCUUGUGGAUUAAGCUGAUCAUAUUCGUUAUAAUUAUAUGAUGUAGUAGAAGGCUUAUCAUCCAAGGCAAAGAAGGUGAUUAGUGGCGUUGCAGGAGGUGGUGGUCUCUUGUUACUUGUUCUGGUCACCAUUAUCGUCAUCAUUCUUCGCUUUAAAAGGUAUUGUAAAUUCAAUUCUCUUUAAGUAAAGGUAAUCUCCAUAAGAUGGACACCAAUUCUUACCACCUUUUGUUGAGUCUCUGUCUAUAAGACUCUGGUAAGACGGUCAGCUUCUUAAAGGGUCUCUGUGGGGUGGAGGCAAUUACGGUUACCGGUUAUUAUUAUUAUACAUUGUACCCGCUACCCGUCUUCUCACUGUUCUUGUUUUAUGUCUGCAUCUACAUAAUUAUAAGUGUUUGUGCUUUAUGUUUUUUUAAAUUUUAGGAGAGGUGGAACCAGCGAAGAAAGAGAAAAUAUACUCUUACGGGAGCAAGGUAUGGCGGAAAAUCAAGACACUAUACCCUAUGGGUUACUGGGUGGAUGGGUAGGUGGGUUGAUUGAUGACUGGGUGGGUAGGUCGGUGAUUGGAUGGAUGGAUGGGUGGGUUGGUGGAUGGGUGAGUGCAAGAGCCAUUAGGGGUCAUGCUGCGUGAGUUGUUGGUUGGGUGGGUUGUUGGGUGGGUAGGUUGUUGAGUGGGUGGGUUUGUGGAUGGAUGAGUUGGUGAAUGAAUGAUGGAACGAACGAACGAACGAACGGAUAAAUGAAUACAUUACAUACUUGUAAAAUACGCUAAAGCUAUCUGUUUAAUAUUAAUGCUGCUUGUUUAGAUUUGUUUAUUUAUGUUAUUAUUGUUAUAAUAAUAAUAAUAAUAAUAAUAAUAUUUUUUUUUCAGGAAAUACUAAGCGCCGAACAGGAGAGCUUAUCAUGGAUGGUGUAGAAGAGAGAAACGCAGACCAUGUAACAAAUCACGCUCAAUAUGUAGAAAUUAAUGACAUUCACUCUUAUGAGCUCAAACGUGACGACAUUAAGUUCGAAAGAUUGGUAGGAAGUGGCAACUUCGGUGAAGUUUUUAAAGCCACUAUUGACAACAACACAGUGGCUGUCAAAUCUCUCAAAGGUAAGAUAUAUGUCACACUGUCUUGCUUCUGUUUACACUUCACGUCCUGUUCGCUUUGGUUUCCCGAUCAGUCUGCAAACACGAAACGGCAAAUAUUCACUCUCCGUCUUUGGGUUUUUUGGUCAUCAUUACAUGUUGGAAAACGAGAUCGCUGUUCAUAGUUUCGGGAUUCUUAUGCUCUGUUACAUACCAACUAGUAGUGUAUAGUCUGUAUAGUUCGGUUAUUCGAACUCGCAGAAAGGAACAAAACUAAACUGAGUACAGCCUCGUUCCCAGUCGUCAUCGGCGGGAACUGAUAUCACUCGCAGAGGUUAUCGUGAAACUUUGGCUCCAGGCCUAGUGCGAAGUGGCUCGGGUCUGGGGACGAGGGGACUUCCAAGUUUUAUCCAUUUUGUUCUCCUUUUUUGCAUUACUUGCAACUACCUUCUUCCCAGUAUCCUGUGAUACUCGUCUCAGGGAGACCGUUGGAACGGAGGGUCAUGGCAACAAGGUUGUGGUGCACCAUGUGCAGUAUUUGAAAUAAACCACCGAGGCUCUAUGAUUUAAUGUUGACUAUUUUAUCAUAUUUAAUUGUCAUUUAAAGGAAGUGCCAGUGCUAAAGAUAAACAGGACAUGGUUACGGAAUUGAAUGUGAUGAAAAGUCUGAAGCCUCACCCUCAUGUCUUGAAGUUAAUUGGCUGCUGUAGUGUCAGUGGUAAGCCAGGUCCUACAUCACCUGUGUGUUGAAAUAAUAAUGAUUUUUUGUUAAUCGAUCCUUUUUCUUUUAUUUAAUAAAGUAAAGCUUUGGAGACCCUUUGUAUUAAUCGUCUCGGAGCAAAAAAAAGAAUAUUAAAAGCUUCUAUUAUACGAAAGCUUCCCCCCUCCCAAUCGUAAUUUCAAUAGAGGGACAAACAUGUAAAAACACAGAAACGCGAUUCAACUAGAUACUAAGAAAAAAAAAGCGCGUGACGUUUAAAAUUAAGAAUCUAAAGUGUUGCUUGACUAUAAUCUUUUACCCAGAGGAGUGAAAAUGUAAGAUCUUGCUUCCGCCUGUUCGUGAACACCUGGGUGCGAAAGAAAAUAGCCUAUUAUUUACCUUUUCUUGUUUUAUGGCUAUCCGGGCGGAACGGAUCAGGUUAUUCACGUUUAUACUUCAUAUAUUUGUCUGUAGAUCCCCUUCUAAUUGUGUCUGAGUAUUUACCAUAUGGUGAUUUACUUGGAUAUCUGAGGAAGAGCAGAGGUCAUUCCGACAACUACAACACAGGAGAGAAGAAACCCGCCUCUAAACUCACAGCCAAAGAUCUCUUGUCCUUCGCAUGGAUGAUAGCUGAUGGGAUGCAAUAUUUGGCCACAAUGAAGGUAAGGUGUACAAAGUACUACUGGAUGGCAUGCAAAGUCUAUGGGGCAACUAGCUGCGAUGUUUGUAAAUUCAGUUGCUUAAUUUGAAAGAACUGUAAAUCAGAAUCAGUCGUUGUCAAAAGGUGUGUUUUAAGGCGAGUAAUCCUUUGAGGCUGGUACAGACUUGUAUGACUAAUAUAUAUGCACUAAACUGGACCUAUAUACCUUUUUUACACAUUCCUCGUUAUUGCACAAACCUCUGCAAAAACUGAAACUGAAUCUGACUACCCGCUGCUACAAGGAACCAACCUUAUUCCUUUAUCGUUUUUCCAGUUAUGAGUAAUUUUAUACCUUAACUAGUUCACAGCAACGCGCAAGUGUUCUUUUUUAUUUAUUUAUUUAUUAUUAUUUUUUAUAAUAAGUUUUAAAUGCUCGCAAGUUGGUUAAAAAAUCCAUCACAAAAGUAUAACUUCAGGCAGUGAUUGCCAAUCGAGUUUGUGUUAUUUCAUAGCAUUCAUUUCGCCUUAUUUGUUUGUUUGUUUUUUUAGGUCGUCCAUCGUGAUUUGGCUGCUCGUAACAUUCUCGUUGGCGAGAACCAAGUGUGCAAAAUUUCUGACUUUGGACUUGCGCGUGGUGUAAAGGGUGACAUUUACGUGCGGACAUCACAGGUAGCGUAACAUACAUUUGCAGUGCAAUAAAAAAUACAUUUAUCUUCUUUUUUUGCGAUUUUGAUCGGGUAAUUCUUUGCGCUUGCUUAUCUUUUUAUCAAUGAUGGCCCACUUGUUUUUGCUUCACAAAGGCUCGUCUUCCAGUCAAAUGGAUGCCUCCAGAGUCUCUUUUUCACGGUGAAUCCAGCACCAUGAGUGACGUGUAAGUCGUCUUUCUUAGUUUCUCCCAUUUUUUCCCAGGUUUUCUUCAUAUCUCUUGCCCUAGGUCUUGCUUACUGACAGAAUAUAUCAUCUCUUUGCACAGUUUAUUGGAGGCACAAGUUUCACUUUGUUCAUAUCCCAGUGGGGGUGAGGGUGGCGUGAGGGUAGGGCGAAGUGUUUUACAAAACCCAGCUACGUUCAGGAGGGUUCCUUAAAAUUUAUCAGGGAAAAAUCUUUGAUACAUGCGACCAUUUUCUUUUAGUGAUCAAUAAAAAAAUUCGGGGCACCCAACGAGAAUAUAGUUCAAAACCACUUAAACAUAGCAUUGAUGAAGGUAUUUUAGUAUUUAAACGGUAGAUAUAGGCAUAUUUUUAUCUCCUAAAAAUUUUUCAUCUGUUCGGAUUUUCUAGCUGAAAGUCUAGUGAUCCGAAAAUUAUGGGGAUCAAAACUUACCUUUUCGAAAAUUUCAGCCACAAAAAAGGGUCCCGAAAAUUCUAGGUGACCUUUUUAGGGUAAAAAUCCGUUAAAAAUGGGCAAUUAUACCAUUUUUUGUAUGUUCGAAAAUCCUAGGAGAGGCAGGCCAGCAAGAAAUUUUUUACAACAAAUGUUCCGAAAAUUCUGGAUCUUAAAUCGUCUUCCGAACUGAUUUUUUCCGAAAAUUGACGUUGGGUACCCCUGAAAAAUGCGUAUUAUAAGACAACUGUAAAGCUGAAUGAAUCAUCAUCAUCAUCAUCAUUAUUAUUCCAAUGAUAAUAACGAUAACGAAAAUGAUAACCAUCAUCGUUAUCAUCAUCAUCAACAAAUAAGAUCAGUUCUGUAAAUUGACGCAGUAAGAUAUUCUUAGCAAUUGUUCCGUACUAGUUUUUUCUUUCUUUUACAGGUGGUCAUAUGGAAUUGUCCUAUGGGAAGUUUUUACAAUUGGUAAUAAAAAAAACGAUCGUUUUUGCUAUAGACUGCAAAACAGCCCGUAUUUUUGCACAUGUCAAGAACUCAAAAAGGCUGUUGAAUGAAUAAGAACAACAGCAACACGACGACUGUUUUGGAGUCUAUUUUUGCUACAUCAGUUCCUAAAUAGAAAUGCUUAUAACCUAUUAAAUAUAAUAAUAAUCUGAGAGUGUCUUUUUUGUCACAGGUGAUUCUCCGUACCCCGGGUUCAACUCCCAAGAAGUGACUUCUCUGAUUGAAAAAGGAUAUCGAAUGCAACGGCCUGUCCAUAUCUCUGAAGAACUGUGCGUUAUUGUAAUC